GUGGGGGAGGUUGAUGAGGAUCUGCUGCAGUUUCAGCAGCUGGAGGAGCUUGUCCUCAGUGCCAACCAGAUCAGCAGGGUAACCUCAGCCAACCUGCCCAGGACGCUGAAGGUCCUGGAGCUCUGCUACAAUGCUGUGGGUGAUCUGCAGGACCUGUGUGCUCAGCCACCUCCGGAGCUGCAGCACUUGGGGCUGGGAUACAACAGGCUGUGCAGCCCUCUGCAAGACAAGUGCCUCACUGAGGAUCUCUGGCCAAAUCUUGUCUCCCUUGACCUGAGCUUCAACAACCUCACAGACCUGCUGGGUCUGGUCUCCCAGCUGUCCAGUCUGCAGAAGCUCCGUGUCCUGGUGCUGCAGGGGAACCCUCUGGCUCUCAUCCCCACGUACAGAGGUUUCACCGUGGACAGUCUGCCCAAGCUGUCCUUUCUUGAUGAUGUCCCUGUACAUUCUGAGGAGAGGCAGCAGUUCCAUGGUUUGGCAGGGCAGCCAGAGCUGACCAGGAGUGAAGCACGAGUGGUAGUGAGUGUUGGGCAGAUCAAGGGAAUCCCUGGUCCCAGCACUUUUCAGCAGCUGAAGGUUGAUUCAGAGGCCCCAGUGAUCACCUACAGCUACUGUGUGACAUAUGAGUUUGCAGAGGAAGAGGAGCUCGAGGAUGGGAAGAGCACUGAGGUAACAAAAAUCCACCAGAGCCCCACGAUGGCCACACUGGAUAAGGACAACUCUGCUCAGGACACAGGGGAAACGAAGAGCCAUCAGCCUGCAGGUGUGGAGGAGCCCAAAGCCCACUCCACAAAGGUGUUUGUCACCCCUGGAAAUCCCUGGGCACGCACCAUUGACUGCAGCUACAGGAAGGAGCACAUUGCCAAGGACUUAGUGGGGCUGAAAUCCUACCUGACAGCUGGAACUGUUGUCUCAGUUGUGGAGGAGAAGGUGCUCUCGUGGCCUGUCAGUGCUGGUUCAGAAGAAAACACAGCCACCAGUAGGAAGGAAGGACAGAAGCUACAGAAGGGCAGCGCCAAGGGUGCUGUGCCCAAGGGCAAGCAGAAAAAGAAGCAGCCGUGUGAACUGCGCAGCGACCCUCCCGUUCGGAGGACCCUGGGCACCAGGAAGGUGACCCUGGAGGCUCUGCUGGCCACUGAGGACCUGAUGGCAACUGUAUGUGACUUUGGGGUUCUGGUCACUGAGGAGCCACCGGCACCCCCAGGUGUGGAGGAGGAGGACAGGAAAAAAGGCAAAGACAAGAGCAAAAAACCAAAAGCAAAGAAAGAAAGUCAGGCCAGGCAGAAAACCACAGCGUCUGCCAAAG